AUGGCGGCGUUUAUAGCGAGCUUCACAUUUGGAUUCACCUUUCGUGCCGCACAAGCCAUUAGAACAGACUUUAGGAGCCCAGAGAUCAUCAGGUCAUGACCAAGUGGGGGUUCGUUUUAGCACUAACUGUGCUCUUAGCAACGCCUAGUUUAGUGCUAGGAGCCUGCCCUAACAAGUGUUCCGGCCACGGUAAAUGUGGUCUCAACGACGUCUGCCAAUGUAUGCAGAACAUGAUCGGUGGUGAUUGCGCGGGUCGUCAAUGCCCGUUCACUCGCGCGUGGCAGGAUACAGCUCAGCGUGACGACGACGCACACUACUACGCGGAAUGUGGCAACCGCGGCACGUGUGAUCGUGCGACUGGGGAAUGCACAUGCGACUCCGGAUUUAUCGGCAGCGGAUGUCGACGUAUGCAGUGCCCCAACGACUGCAGUGGACACGGAACGUGUGAAUAUAUCGAAGAACUGGCGGGUGAUGCGUACCACAAGCGCAUUGGAGGUGUAGCGAACCGGAAAUACACGCUUUGGGACCAGGAGAAGAUCAUGGGCUGCGUGUGUGAUGGCGGAUAUGAAGGACACGACUGCUCAUCCCGCACCUGCCCCAAAGGUGACGAUCCGCUGACUCCUAAUCAAAAGGAUAUGGUUCAAGCCAUUGUCAUUAACCAGGCAGGAGGCUCAGGAUACUUGACAUAUCACGAUCCGUAUGGCAAUACUUACACGACCGAGAAGAUUACAUUUGGCGCUGCUCUAGGGACCAAUGACGUCACAACGUGCGAUAACAUUGAAACAGCGCUUCGUCGUCUGCCCAACAACGUGCUAAACAACGUCGAGGUGUCGCCUGCGUCGAGAUUUUAUGCUUUUACCCGCACCGACCCGACGGACCCGAACGGCUACGGCACAGUCUCUGAUAUCCACUUUAAUGAUGGCACAUCCGGUAGUGCCGUAGCUCUAAGAGUGAUUUGUGAGGUAGUGUUCAACUCGGAGCCGGGGAUCACAGGAUAUCAAAACCUGUUUGAGUGCAAUGUCGCCACUCAUACUACCGUUGGACAGCAUCCAUUGAGUGGGGGAGCCACUGGUGAUACCUGUGCUGUGUACGAGGUCUAUCCGGAUGCUAACGUCGUCGUGGGUAGUAUUAUUCCGGCCACUACGGUGCUACAACGUCCACUAACUGAACUCACCGAGUGCGCUGGUCGUGGUGCCUGCGACUACGACACAGGAACUUGCGAAUGCUUCGCCGGCCAUAUGGGUCUGGCAUGCCAGAAGCAGGAAGCGCUCGUGUAGAGCGCAUCGACAGCAGACUACCAAGAAUCCUCCGCGAAUAAGAUAUUCAACUCGUUGUUCGUGAACAUAAAUUGGUAGCUGAUAAACGACGACUUCAUAUGCAUCUUCGUUGAGGGACUUAACUUAGUACUCUUUAUCAGUCAUAUCGCGGAUCCCUCGCUCUGACACUAAGCAGGUAUCAAAUUGCACAUCAGGAACUGCUUCAAUGAGCAACAAAACUAGCAGAAUUAAUUUGCAGAUACCUUCAAACGUUGUUGAGUCGUGCGCAAGUGUAGCUGACUUGAUUAGACGAGCAACUCGGCAGUUCGCCUGUAUUUCACAUUUUAAGUCGUCACAUCACCGAACGAAUAACCGACGUUGUUCAGGACUUACCUCCCAUCCAAACACUACCCGAUUCGCAUUUGAAUGAGUCCAGCUUUCACCUUUUUAUUCAAGAAAAGUAACGGAGUUAGAGUCAACAAUAUAAAUGGCAUCUGGCUUAACCCAC